AAUAUAUUUGUUCUUGAAAAAUCCACGGCCUGUGAUUGGCUGUUAAAAAUGUUUUAAGCAACGCCCCUUGUCUUUCAAGUAUGCCGACUGCCAUGAAAGAUAUAAAUAUUGUUGUUAUCAGAAAAACACCACCCUCUUUAUAGAGACCCACCACUGAUUUGCUAUUAUAGAGUAAUACAGCAAGGAUACGUUUACAAUUCAAUAGAAUGUUUAAAUGUACGCGAAAAACGGAAGUGAAAAGACCUCAAAACGGAAGGAACAAAUUAUUUGAACUGAAAUUUGUUUUAUUUUAAAAGUGAUUAACGGGUCAAUUAACAAGUGUAACGCACACACACACACACGUGCUUCUUUUCGCUAAAAGAACAACAAUUACAAAUAGAGAUAAACAACGGACAUGUGUCAUUUAAGUGGAGGCACGUUUAAGGAAUUAAGUGAAAAAUUUUAAAAGAAAUAGUGAUUUACAAUAAAAUAUACGAAAAUAUUAAAGAAGAACCCUUUUUGCUUUUGUAACACCGAAGGAGCGAAACAAAGUGGCCACACGUGGCUUACAACUAGCAGCACGCGUUAACACCUGAUAUUUUAAAAAAGAAUCGUCCGUUUAAAACCCUAGCAUGUUUUCCUUGGAUAACUUUGAUUUAGAAUCGACAAUGGCUCGUCACUUCUUCGAAGGUUCUCAUGCCACCAAUGGCUCUUCUUCCUCCAGUUCAGAGUUUUUCUUUGGCGAUGACAAUAGUUCCGAUACCGAUGAUGAUGAUGCCUAUAGCAGUGGUUUUAAUAGUGAUCAAGAGAACAAUGAAAAGACUAUUUUCAAAUUUUCUCUUCUUCCUUCUAAUGUUAGACGUUCCUCGCAUAAACGUCGCCUCAAAUGUGCCUCUCAGGUGGCACAACAACGUCAAGCGGCCAAUUUACGAGAGCGACGACGUAUGCAAAGUAUUAAUGAGGCCUUUGAGGGUUUACGUUCACAUAUACCGACGCUACCGUAUGAGAAACGUUUAAGUAAAGUGGAUACCUUAAAGUUGGCCAUUAGUUAUAUAACAUUUUUGAGUGAAAUGGUGAAAAAGGAUAAGAAUGGCAAUGAACCGGGUUUAAGUCUGAAGCGAAACUAUCAAAAGGAACCGCCGAAAAAGAUUAUACUUAAGGAUAGAACUGGCGGUAUAUCACAUUCAUUAUCAUGGUAUCGUCGUGGCGAUCGUUAUCCGGGUAGUAAAUUAUAUGCACGUACCUGGACUCCUGAAGAUCCUAGAUCUCAUUUGAAUACCAACCACAAUCAUCAUAGUCAUCAACAUCAACAGCAUCAAGCUCAACAGAGUCAAAACGCACAAUUACCGCUUAAUCGUUGUUAUAAUUCUAAUAAUUCCAAUCAUUCCUCCGAUUCCGCCAUCGAUAAUUCUACAUUAAACGAUUCGGUUGCCUCUUCUGCAGCGGCAUCUGUGGCUACGGCCGCUUCUACUACGCAAACAUGUCACGAUCUCUUCAAUGAAAUGCAUCAACAAAAUGCUUUAUAAAUCAAGGAAAAAGUCAAAAACAUCCAGGAUGUUUAAUUUAAAUCUUUGUGCAAUUAUUGGAAAGAUUAAGAUUUUUCUUAUAAAAUCUCAACUCUAGUCAUUUUAAUAUUUGAAAAUUUUGUAGUCUACUUACUACUUACUAGUCUCUAUUAAACAAUUUGACAAGAUUUCGUUAGAACGACAUACAAAAUGGAGAACAAACAAUGAAAUUCAAAAUUAUACGAAAACUAUUCUGUGGUAUAUUUUUUAAGUUAAGUUUUAUAAUUUAUAUUUAUAAUAAGCUAAAAUUAUUUAUUUUAAAUUCCUUUAGUAUUAACAUAAAAAAGAUUUAUUUAAUAAAAUUAAUUAAAAGAAAAAAAUAAUUGAUUGUUAAUUUUAAUUAAACAUUUCUAUAGAAGAGAUACAACAGAUUGCAGAUUAAAGAGUAGUUGCUUAAUAGUCAAGUAUCUGUUAAUUUAGAUCUUAUAGUUCUAGUUCAGUUCUAGUUCAGUUCUAGUUCAGUUCUAGUUCAGUUCUAGUUCAGUUCUAGUUCAGUUCUAGUUCAGU